ACAGUUGGCUUUCUACAUCUACCUCUGGUCGUCAGUCUGGCCAGUGCGAGUGCGGACACUGCCGACUGCUCCUUGCUCCAGCAGCACGAGACCCAGUUUCGCCAGGCUCCGUCAGAGGUGGUUCAGCAGCUCAAUGCAUCGAAGUGGGCUGGCUGGUGUUGGAAUGGAACCAAUAACGUCGUUGAUCGUGAGAUCUUCCUCCUCCACAUCGGAAAGAUCGCAGGCUGCUCCUUAGUAGGAGACCUCUCCAUGCUAGUGGGCCGAGACAACAUCUGGACGGCACAGGUCUGCUGGGAGAAAUCUACCAAAGCCAGGUUUGGAAAGACGGCGCUGAUGCUUCGCCGUCCGAAAGACCACCUCUUGUCCAUCUACCAUCAAUGCCUACAGCCAGGGCCCCUGGAGAUCAAAGCACUGGAGAGGCGUGGCAUUGCGCCGGGUCAAGAAGGUUUCAACCUGCCGAGCUUCGGAGACUGGGUCCGGUCGUGGAAUCAGCAUCCACCGAAGUUCUACCACGCGAAGGAUGCCUGGCGGAGUUCUCACGGAAGGGAUGGGCCGUUCAAGCUGGAGCCCGACCAGUCCACCCUCAGAUCCACGGUCGACCCUCCAUCUCAGGGCUAUCACAACGAGAGGUUUCACUGCGUGGAUCCGCGCAACCCGGUUGGCUGGCAACUGACCUGCACGGAGGAGGCCGCCCGUCCAGACCACAUCGACGAGAAGAAAUCGCUGGCGAUCCUUCACUCUGCCAGCGUCGUAGGGAUCUUGGAGGCCUAUCAGGAGAGCAUUUGCCUCUACUCUGCGAAGUUAAGGAACUUUUUGCCCAGUCAUUGCAACUGCGAAGAUGCCUCGGCUUGGGAUGCCUUCGUGCCGCUUCAUAUCGACCACGACCAUUCCUACAGCGAGCGUGCGGAUGACUAUAACGAAAGCGUCCAGAAGGACAUUGAAGGGUUAACACAGGUGGACCGGAAGCUCUACCAGGCCGGAGUGACUCAAUUCAUUCAGGAAAUGGAUGACCUGGAGAAAACCUUCAAAGUGAAGGUUCUUUGUCGCCAGCAACGCCAGACACUUUUAAGCGCGGCGUCAGGAUGAAUUUUUUGGGCGUCAACAGAAGUCACCGCCAUGAUGGCGCCAGUGAAACUAGGCUGCCGAGAGGUGUUCGCCUGUUUUGCCCUGUAGAACCCCCACUGCGAAAAUCGCGCCUGGCAUGAGAGACCCCGGUGUCGGUGGUUUUGGCGUCUUUUUUU